CAAUAAACGAUCUCUCCAUGUGAAUGUGAAUGCCGGUAUCGUGUGCUUGUGAUCAUGCUUCGUAGAGAUUUUUCCGACUUAUUUAUCGUCUCAACUUCUUUCAGAACAAGCAGUUAACACAGAGGUUGUUAAUGCAGUGUUAUUUUGUUUUAUGUGUUAGUCAUAUUUGAAAACGCAUAUUUGCUCUCGCAAUCAGCGAAAGGACAAAGAAUGGCGAGAGCAAGAUUGGUACGCUUUGCCGGACGAGCACUAUUGUGUCUUGGGGGACCGAGGAAUGCCGCAUCAUUGCCAGGUGACUCCACAAGAUCGUACAUGGUGUCCUUACGAAAUCCGUAUUUAUGGCCUUGCAUCAAGGUGAUGUCUCGCAGCUUGUCGUCGCUGCCAAUGAAAACGAGACUUGCAAGAAACAAGCCUGCUCCUGAACCUCUGAGUUCACUGACAGCUGUAGCAUACAGUACAGCCGAGGAGUAUAAUCUGACAUCCAUCUUGAAUGCAUUGAAGAAGCAAGGCCUGUAUGAAGACAAGGUCAUCUCUGAAGAUUUAACUGAUGUUCUCUAUGCUUCUGCCAAGUACCAAGUGAAUGAGGAACUGAGAGAACUUUUCAUCUUUAGGGAAGGAUCAAUUGUCUUUUGGAAUUUCCCAGAAAUAGAGAGGAAAGCAGUGCUGCAGUUCCUGAAGCCUUAUGAAGAACACCCUUACAGCCCAUCCCUUGUGAACCAGGAGAUUGAAGCUUUAGAAUUUGCAUACCACGAAAACAAGACGAAGUUUCAUGAUGGCAACAUCUACCUAAGCAGAGAUGGUGAGAGUGACUUGGAGAAGUACACAUUCUCGAGUGGGCUUGCUCUGUCUGUGAAGCUGGCCAUCUGGGAGACAUCAUUGGAUGGCUAUGUAAAGAGCAUCGAGGACAUCAUUGAGGACAUGAAGGAAGGCAGGACGAUUAGGAUGACCAGGGAACAUGUUUUUCGAAAGACUGGAGAACUAUUCUCUCUAAGGCACCUGAUCAACCUAAGCUCUGACCUUUUGGACACUCCUGAUUUUUACUGGGACCGGCCAACUUUAGAGAGCCUCUAUCUGAAAGUCAUCAAGUACAUGAACAUUAGCAGGCGGACAAAGGUCAUGAAUGAGAAGUUAUCACAUUGUUGCGAGCUGAUGGACUUACUCAGCCACCACCUGGAGGACAAGCACCACGUCCGGCUAGAGGUUAUGAUCAUUGUACUCAUUAUGGUUGAGGUGCUGUUUGAGUGUGUCCACUACGUUUCCAAAUUCAUGCCUGCAACAAGCACCAAGAGUGGGCAAAGUAAGGACUCUCUUUCCUUCCCUUAUGUUUGUGCAGAUGUUUGUACUGAAUAUUCGAAGGGCCACACUACUUAUGGAUGCCCCUAAUAAAGAUUAUACGAGAACACUGAA